ACCGGUCAUGUCUGACGUCACGUCUUGUAACAACUUGACGUCCACCAUUGCGUCGGCUCAUGCUGAAGUUUGGGACCAAGUUCUGCUUUAGUUCCAGCUGGUAUUUCUUGACUUCACCGUCAUUUUUUUAAAAAACUAUUUAUACAUUUCACAACACCACUGUUGUAUUUAAAUAAAGUUAUAAGUUUUCAUUAGCGACGAGCAACAAACAUGCCUGGUCGUCCAAACAAGAAACAGUCACAGAGAACCAAAGGCAACGUUCGCCCUUCAAACAGCAGCCAAGCAGCUCAACUCCUCAGUGAAUCUGGAACAACAACUCAAGGUUUCAUUGGCUUCGGAUCCACCACAGCAGAUAUGGGUUAUGUACCUGUCGUGGAUCUGGAUCACUCUGCUGAUGCGGCCCUCGAUGCGGACUUGCGUUUGGUCCUCAGGAAGCUCUCCAAGAAAGACAGCAUCACUAAAAUCAAGGCAUUACAAGAGUUCAAUGCUUUGAUCAAAGACAAGGAAUGCAAAGAUGCUAAAGCAGUACUUCCAUAUUGGCCCCGAAUCUACUCCAAAAUAUCAAUGGAUGACAACCACAGGGUACGUGAAGCUGCCCAGCAGUCCAUGGCGGUCUUGGCUGGUUCUUUACACCGGGAGUUGGCACCGCAUCUCAAGAAGCUAAUGGCAAGCUGGUUGCUUGGUAUGUGUGAUCCCUAUCCAACAGUUGCAACUGCUGCACAACAGGCCUUCAAUAUUGCAUUUCCUGCAGCAAAACAAGCUCAAGCGUUGAGCUUUUGCCAAGAAGCCAUAUUGGAUUUCACAAUUGAUAAUUUACUCAACCAAAAACCUGAAACACUUAGUGACCCUAAAGUGUCGUCUCCAGAUGAGUUAACAAACAAAUACCACAGAGUCGUUUCUUCAUCUCUGUUGUCCAUCUGCAAACUUCUGAAAGCAUUUACUGAUAAUUCUAAAAAUAUAUCAAAGGAGAAAAUCUCUCAGCUUUUGGAAUCUUCAAAAUUCUGGAAGUUACCAAAAUCGACAGUUAAUUCGAUACGCAGCUCAUCUUACCUGUUCCUGGCCAGUCUUUGCCAAGUUCUUCCAGAUGUUGCUAUUGACAAUAUGAAGAAACUUAGUCCUUGCAUUCUACUAAACCUCGAUGAGAAUGAGGUCGUUGUCAGUGGCUCGGUUUGGGAAGCUGUACUCUCCCUCAUCAAUAUUUCAUCAGAAUGUUGGCAGUUUGUAAGUGUGCCGAAAGCUGUGUGGCCUAAAUUCAGAAAUGUGCUGACUGAAGGUUGCCAUGGAAACGCUGCAGUUAUCAGUCCUAGUAUUCUGCCAUUACUCAGCAAAUUCCCCACAGACUUUAAUGGACAAUCUCUACAAUUCUAUGAGCAGUUCUUCUCCUGCUUCAAAACUGGCAUUUGUAAAGACAGUGUCCAGCGGAGUGGUAGUGAGUGUUCAGCCAUGGUCACUUCCUUUAUGGAAUGUGUCCACUACAUGGUGAAGAUGGACUUGAGAGAUGGGGAUUUAAACACUUGUCAUCGUGUAUUCAUGGACCAGCUUGAACCCUUGUUGUUAGAAUCUCUUGUGGAACGGAGAGGAACCCUUUCGAAAUCUACCCUUUACAGUCAGCUAGGCACUCUGCUCAGCUCCUUAACUGAACUUCAUUCCUCAGGUGCAGAGAACACCUCUGCGAAGGACGCUGACAAUGAUAUCAGCGACAGCAUUGCGCACAAAUGCUGGGCCAGCGUCACAGGGAUCACAUUAAAAUGUAUCGAUUCCUUGACCGAAGAAAACUGUUCUUCAAGGAAUUAUUUACCAGAGAGACUCACUCAACUUGCCGAACUUUUGCUUUACUCAAAGAAAUCUCCUACGAACCCAUCUGGUAAGGCAUCCUCUGUUAAGUUCUCAAGUUCACCAAUGUUGGACCUCUCCAUUGAUGAACGAUCCAUGUCAACUUCAGUUAGCAGCACUGCAUCACUAACCCAAUUCCAGGAGCAGUAUAUAUCAAAAUUAAUCCACAAGGCCUUCUCACUCGUCAAUGACAACCUUGAAGAGUGGCGCCUUUACCUUUUUGUCAAAUACCUGCGACUCUAUCCAUCAGAAAGCAUCAUCAAACAACUUGGUCCUGCGAAAGACAAUCACGAGGAUGGGAAUAUCUUCAGGAGUUUUGCCACUGACAUGCUUCUAAAUUGGCUCCACAAAAUGCACCAUUCUGAAAAGCAGCAACAACAACGACAAAGUGAUGUCUAUCUGUUUAAUGCCAUCUUUAUGUUGUUACCAUUGUUUAAUGAUACUGGCCAUAUUGUCACCUUCUUGGACCACCUGUGCCAUAAUCUCAACGGUGACAGACAUUUGCUGAAAGUGUUCUUGCUGGAGCUGCUGUCGUCGCGUCGGAAGGUCUCAGCCAUAUCCAAGUGGCUGGAAACGUCUACUCUUGGUGAGCUGCUGGUGUCCAUCACUGAAGACGUGUGUGCCCAGGCUCUUGUGCCACCAGCUGCUGGGGUUGAACUUUCCGAUGUUGAGCACAACUGGUCUGUCCUCACUGUGGCUUUGUCAUCAAAUUCUCAAUCAGAACCACUUCUUCAGAUGAAAUAUAUUGAAAAGAUAUUUUUUGUCAUUCACUCAACAUUGAAGAAGUUAAAACUGUGCAAGGACAACCAUAAGACUGACCUCUCGAUGCAGUUUGUUGCCAAAGUGUUGGCUAGUUUCUUCCAGGGACUAGAGGAUUGUUCGCUAAGCAACUCUGCUGAAGAUUUAAUCCUCAUUUUGUACAAAUUUGUUCUGGAAACUGAUUUGACUGUUUCAGAACACACUCGAAAGGAAGUUCGUCAAGUUUGCAUCAAUGGGAUGCAGACUCUCUACCGUCGCCAGCCUUCAACAUCGAAGGGCAUCAGCAGGUUUUUCCUCAACAUUUUCCAGGCAGUUCGAGACACAGUCAUGUACAAAGUGGCCACAACAGAACAGUUACAAACUGUCUUUGGAGAAGUGAAGACUUUGUUAAACACAGUGUUUGCAGAAGUAGAUGAUGGUUUGACCAGUCCAUUUUUGAUUGAGCACUUUAGUCACCUGUUCACUGUGACAGAACACGUGUUGCCACCAAAACAGUUUGAGGAAUAUCUCAUGAUAACUGGACAGCUGAGUGCUACUUACUGGGAUUGUCAAAGACACAAUAAGCCAAACCCUGAGGUCCCACCUGGAGACUUCCCUACUUCCACAGUCUUCACUAGCCUCUUCCAUACAUCUCUGUUAGAUUUCUUGCAAGAUGGUCUAUCAGAGAAUUCUACUGACCACUUGACCAGCUUACUUAACCCACCCCAAUUUCUUGAUGUCCUUUACAACUUGCUCUGUUCAGUCGCUGUUUCUGAAUGUUGGGUCGAUACCUACAAUACGAAUAGUGAACUGAAGAAGUUUGUGACGACAUUACACAAGCAGAUGACCAAACACCUUGAUAACCUGGACGAUCAACAGACCGAUACAUUACUGGACCUUUUCACACAACGUGUCUUAUCUGAUGGCCAUUGGCAAGCUAUGGGCUUGCAGUUUCUGUUGGAACAAAAAUUCCAUGAAAAACUCUCCGAAAACAGAAUUGGUUCCUAUUUUGAAGAAGAAUUCACAGAGAAACACCUGCAGAUGUUACGCAUGUUGAUACAGCACUGCACCUCGUCUGCUUCUUGGAACAUUACACAAGUCCUCGUCACAAAGCUGCUCUCGUUACCCAGUGACAACCUCUUCUCUCUCAGCUGUGCUGUAGGUCUACUGCCCCUUAUCACCAUGGCAACAGGUAAAUGGAAGUUCCACGAAGACCCUGACAAGCAGUCGAUCUUCAUUGACCUCUUAAAUACUCUGAGUGAAUGGCGUCACUCUGGGGACCAUUUCCUUUUCCACAUCAACAUCACCUCAGCAUCUCCUCAUGCUGUUCAUUUUAAUGUGGAGGUGAUGAACUUCCUCAAGCUGAUGUGGUCACAGCUGUCAGUCCUCGACAAUGACCAGUGUGAUUUCAUUCUCUGCAGUGCUGUUUCAUGGCUUCAGAGCGCCAGUGAGACGAAAUGCCUGAGUGGCUCACCUGUACAGGUGCAACUAUUUAUGGUAGGAAUAUGUGAGCUGCUCUACAAGAUGGCUGCCAGCCUGCAAGACUCACACACCAACAUCCCUGACAAUGUCAUCUCGGAAUGGAAUGAAUUCUUCAGUGAAGCCGUUUACGCUCUCGUUAUUCCACUCUACAUCCAAACAGCAGAAAGUGUAUUGUCAUCAGAGAAGGAUUCUGACGUACAACACCCUGUUGUUGCUUGGCUAGGGCAGGUUCUAACCCACUGCCCACAAGACCGACUAUUAAACACACCUCUGAAGGAAACCAGCUCUACCAGUCUGUCGUCCAGCGAGAAGCUGGAAACCAUUCUUGACCAGUUCUGCCCAAUGCUCUUAUCGAAACUCUACGCUGUCCAAAUAACAGCCUACCAUGUCCUUGACAAAAUCGUUGGUGAACUCCACAGUUUGGAAACCCAAGAAUCCGCUUCAGCCGAGAUGGACUGUGUGAAGAAAUUCAAGAAACUCUCUACGAGAGUGGAGGAAACCUCCAAAGCUACCGUCCACCAGCAGGCCAUGAAGCAGUACUGUUCCCAAUUUGAUGGGGAUGAAGACGACAACAGCGGAAGACAACCAAACGAGGCUCUAAUGCAAGCACUGCUAGAAUCCUGGCAGGCGCUUGAGUACCACAUGGACGCCAGCAACAGCAGUAGUAGUGGUAGCAGUACAAGUAUUGAAAAACCACCCGUUCCACCAUACUGUACCCUGGGGUACCUCCUCACCUGGAAACUUCAGCUACAUUUUAUCAAAACAGCUACCAGUGAGCUGAGAGCCGAGUACCUCCGCUACCUUGACAAUCUGAGUCUUGUUGAUGUCUUUCUCUCAGACAUCUUUUCUCUGAUCCCAGAAUCCCUUGUUUCAACCCAUCAACCAAGGAAAGACGAAGUAACAAAUGCUGCAUCAGCCUUUAAAAGAGAUCUGCUGACCACAUCAGCUCCUCCUUCUGGUAAAUUACUCCAAGACAUGGCCUGCAUGUUGUAUGAAGAAGCCCUGGAGACCAUUCCUGCAGUCAUUAGAACCUGGUGGCUUAAACAGAAUCGGUCUUUUGCAUCUUUUAUUGAUAACUUCACCAAACUUUUCAUCAGUCCAGUGCUGUGCAAAAAGGAAAUCUUAAAUCUGCUGAGUAUGGAAAUGAAUUUGGCGAAUAUCACGGUGCGUGCUCGUCCAAUGAGCCGUGAAAUUGUGGCUGUGUAUACCCUGGACGAUGUGAGUAUUGAGAUGGUGAUCUCCUUACCCGAGAACUACCCACUGGGGACCAUCAGUGUGCAUAGUGAUCAGAGGAAGGGAAUCUCUUGUAACAUCUCCAAGAAAUGGUUAUUACAAUUGAAUAUAUUCUUACAGCAUCAGAACGGCAAUAUCAUGGAUGGCCUGUGUCUAUGGAAACGGUAUAUUGACAAGAAAUUUGAAGGUGUUGAAGAAUGUACCAUCUGCUACUGUGUCGUCCACGGCACCGACUACCAUCUGCCACAGAAACAAUGUAAGACCUGCCACAAGAAGUUCCAUUCCAUUUGUCUGUACAAAUGGUUUACAGAAAGUCAGAACUCUAGUUGUCCCUUAUGUCGUACAGCAUUCGUCCUGCAACGGCACUGAACUCCUCGUCAACCAAACCCCUCCACACAUUUUAAUCUUGUGAAACAUCGAUGAACAUUGGUCAGUGAACAGUUAAUGUUAAACGAAGCUGAACAGAUGCUGCAAUGAACCAGAAGAGUCCAAGUUGUAUUUGAUCAGAAAUAAAUUGUUUUGUUUGUAAAUAAA